AAUAAGUUUAGUUGCUAUAUCAAUAUUUAAAAUGAUCAACUAUGAAUGUAUAUAACAUCUUGAAAAUAAUAUCAAGUUAUUAAGGACAUCAUUAUAGAUACAGUUGCAAAUUAAAUCACUAUUUUUCUGUGCUGAGUACAAUUAAUGAGAAACACCGGGUGUGAUAGUAAGUGAAAGACGCAACAUACAUGUAUAUACAUACAUACAUACAUGCAUAUAUGCAUACAUACAUACAUACAUAUAUACAUAUAUAUAUAUUAUAAAAAAAAUGUUUUAAACUUUCUUAAACUUAUGUUUAUAAAUUACAGCACGUUAUGACACGUUCACUUGCUAAAGUUGUCAUCCAUUUCUUGAAUCAAAACAAUAUUAAAUGGAAAGCAUAUGCGUUAAUGUGCAUUAAUUUCUGUCGAUAAAUGAAAGCGCUUAAUAAGGUGCUCUAUGUUACCGACAACUCAUUAAAAAUAGACCAUAGCAGCGCCACUUAAUAAAAAUCUAAACUAAUAACUGUCAACUGUAUCAUGAAAGUCAUGAAAUAAAGAUCAAUUCGAUAAUGAUAUACACUUUCAAGUAUUUUAACAACACGAUUUUAAACAAUAAAAGUUAAACAAUUGUAUACAUAUUAUAUAGCAAUUAUACAUGCAACUUUUUAAACAUGGCCUGGACACAUUAUCAAUGUAUUUUAGCUGUUCUUAUGGUUGUUACUGGAUCAUUUAAUACUCUUUCUGUAAAAUAUGCAGAUAAACAAGUCGUGCCUGGACAAGAUGGAGUACCUCGUCAUUUUAAUCAUCCUUUUAUGCAAUCUUUAUUUAUGUUCUUGGGUGAAAUGUUAUGUUUUCUCAUUUUUAAAAUUGCAUAUUGUUACUACAGUCGUAAAGAUGAUGGUUCUGUAGAUAAUAAUACUUUAACUAAAGGAUCUCGCAACUUCAAUCCAUUCAUCUUAUUUAUACCAGCUAUGUGUGAUAUGUUAGCAACUUCUAUUAUGUACGUUGGUCUCAACAUGACCUAUGCCAGUAGUUUUCAAAUGUUACGUGGUGCAGUUAUAGUUUUUACUGGUAUUCUUUCAAUGGGCUUCCUUAAUAGAAACUUAGGUGGAAGAGAAUGGAUAGGAAUUGUAUGUGUUUUAAUAGGUUUAGCACUUGUUGGCAUAAGUGAUAUAAUGGUUAUAAAAGACGAAGACGUUAGCCUGAACUCUGUUUUAACUGGAGAUUUAUUAAUAAUUUGUGCACAGGUAAUAACAGCAGUCCAAAUGGUAAUAGAAGAAAAAUUUGUUGCUGGCCAAGAUAUUCCUGCUUUGCAAGCAGUUGGUUGGGAAGGUAUUUUUGGAUUUAUUGGCAUAUGUUUAGUUAUGAUCCCCCUUAAUUUUAUUUAUGCAUCACCACCGUUUGCGGAUAAUUCACGGGGUACUCUUGAAGCUACUGCAGAUGCUUUAGUACAAAUUGGAAAUAGUGGCAGAUUACUAAUGGCAAUAGUUGGAAUAGCAUUCAGUAUAGCAUUCUUUAACUUUGCUGGUAUUAGCGUUACAAAGGAAAUCAGUGCUACAACAAGAAUGAUUUUAGAUAGUAUACGAACGAUUGUUAUAUGGGCUUUUUCAUUGCAAUUUAAAUGGCAAGAUUUUCAUUAUCUCCAGGUCAUUGGCUUUGCAAUUCUUUUAAUUGGAAUGUUUUGCUAUAACAACGUAUUAAUUCCACAAUUAGUACAAAAAUGUCAGUGCCAUUUAAUAAGAAAGAGACGUGCUAAUGAUGAGGAACGCAUUGUCAACAUUGCUGCAGAUGAUGUUCAAGAAAGUAUAUAAAAAGUAAAAGUAAAGCUUGUUGUAAUAAGCAUAAUGAUUAUUAAAAUCAUUACAUAUGGGAUAAUCGAUAACGAUUUAAAAAAAAAAAAAAAAAAAAAACAGUCAGAUCUGUGAUCUUAUAUACAAACGCAUUACUUAUACUUAUUUUAUGACAAAAAAGCUAUGAUAUAUUUUUCAUAUCUUCAUCUUUGUCAUUAUACUAUAAUAUAAUAAAUAAUGUGUAGAGAUUUAUUGUUAGUAUUAUUUAACUAUAUUAACUUUUUUUACUCUAUCAUAUGUAUAUAUAUAUUUUUUUCUUUUUAAAUAUAUAUAUAGAUAUAUAUUUUAUAUAUAUAUUUAAAAUAUCUAGAAAAUAUGAUACAUAUAUUCAUUUAGUUGUUUCAUUUUAUUAUUAAUACUUUACUAAUCCACACACACACACACAUAUAUAUAUAUAUUACAAAAAUAAAAAAUACACUAUAUAAAUAGAUUCUUUUUUAAUCGACAAUCUAUGACUGGUAGUGACAUUAAGUCUGGAUAUAUGCAAUUGUAUAUGAAUCUCUCAAAUGAAUUAUGUUACGUGUAAAUUUUUAUCAAAUUGUAAAGGAAUGUAUUUUAUUAUUAUGAAAACUCAUAAUAAUGAAAAAUAUAAAAAGUACAAAAUUUAUAACUUUGUGCAAACUUAUUAUUUACCGUUUUGUGGAUAAAAAAAAAUAUGAUCUCAUUAAAUAUUAAUGCUUGUAACUGUAUACCAGACUUUAGUAAUAGUCUGAUCAAUUUUCUUGGAAAGUUAUAUUAUAUAUCGACUUUUGUAAAAAACAUUCUUUUCCAAUGCUUUAUUACAAUCGAUUAACUGUUAGAAUUCUAUAAAUCAUUGAAAAAAAUCUUGUUAAAAAGUGCCAAAGAACAUAAUCGCGUUUGCUUCAAUGCUUGUCGAUAAUUUCCAAGCGGAUGCAACGCGUUUAUUUCAAUGCACAUCGAUAAAUAUCAAACAGCGUGAUUAUAGCGAGCAUUGUCGUUUAUCUGUUUAUUUAAAACAGUUUGAACAAUUUCAUUGAAUAUGUUACAUAGAACAUUAUUGCGGAUCGUUACGAGUUUAUAAAAAUAUUAAUAUUUUAUGAUUUACAACUAUCACUACAGUUUUCUUUUUUAUUGGUAAUAGAAAAAGUAAUUUCGGUGUGAAUUAAUUUAAUUAUUUUAAUGAUUUAUUAUUAUUACGUAUUCUUCAAAAAAUAUAAUAGCUUUGAAAAGGAAAGUAAAAAAUAUAACAAAUGAAUUAAGAUAUUCAAGCUGCAAAGUGAUAAUAGUGAUAUCUAUUCAAAAAAGAAAAAUCUGUCAAAAAACAAAAAACGAAUAUUUCUGAAUGUGAUGAUUCUGAACAUUCUCAAGUGUUUAGUUCGAAAAUUUCUUUGAUAUUUACUAAGACUAUUAGCGAUGAAAUACACGAACAAUUUGAUUCUUUUCAUUUUAAUAAAAAAUCAGGAUCACAA